AUGGCCGUACCACGGGCGGGGCCCCGCCGCCCGGCCUCUGUCACGAAGCGGUUCUGGCUGCUCUGCAUCGUGCUGGUGGUGCUGCUGGCUGCUGCUGCGCCAGCAGCAGAUGCAGAGCAGCAGAAGCAGAAGCAGCAGCAACAGCAGCAGCAGAAACAGCAGAAACACAAACAGAAGGAGCCUACGAAGGCCCCUCAUGCAGAACCCAGCAGCAAGAAGAAGGGAGGGAGGCCGCUGCAAAUCGUCAUACCAAAUGAACUCCACACCGGGUUCCGGAUUAACGAAGAGGCGCUGGCGGAACUCGAAAAGAUCCCCGCUCCUAUAGCUGUCAUUGCAGCUCUGGGCCCAAUUCACUCUGGCAAGAGUUUUUUGUUGAAUAGCUUGAUGCGAGGGUUUGGGGGAAAGACAGCAGCUGAUGAGGGUUUAGGGUUUGGGGUUGGCUAUACUGUGGCUCCUGGCUCCUUGGGCCUCUCCAUCCACUCAAACCCAAUCUAUGUAGAGAGAAAAACAGGGCGGUUGCUGCCAGACGCUGCUGCUGCUGCUGCUGUUGAAGCAGCAGCAGCACGAGCAGCAACAAAAACAGCAGGAGAGCCUGCAGGAAACUCAGCAGCAGCAGCAGCAGCAGCAGCAGCAGAACCUGCUGUGGUGCAGGUGCUGCUGCUAGAUAGUGAGGGGUUUGGGGGCCCCAAUGUAACCCGCAGCUACGAUCAGCUGCUGUACAGCAUCGCAUUCUUUCUGUCUUCUCAUCUCGUCUUCACGACAAUGAAAAUGAUUGAUGCCCAGGAUCUGCAACUGCUGGAGGACUUAACAAGAGACGCAAACCUCUUCUCCCUCAGAGCCCACGCGAGUUCUGUUCGGGACAUGCCCGAGCAGCAGCAGCAGCAGCAGCAACAGCAGCAGCAGCAGCAGCAAGUUGCUGACAGUUCUUCGGCGCUGCUCUCUCUCUUGAGUCCCUGCUGUCUCUCUUGGGUCGUCCAGGACUUUGUCCAGGACUUAGAGGGCCUGACGGCGCAGCAGUGGCUGGAGGCGCUGCUGGACACGAAUCGGUGGAUGGCCUCACCCCAGGCAGUAGAAGCGAACGAACCGCAAACGCAGAGCAAAAACUCCCUCAGGUCUCUGUACGGCCAGGUGGAGUGCGAGGCUUUCCGUGCGCCGACAUCGAACGGCAAUUUGCUGCAGCGUUUGGAUUUGCUGCGGCCUGAAGACGAAGACAAAGAAUACGCGAAAGCUUUUGCUGCCUUUAAGAGCCGGUUGCUAGCUGCUGCUGCAGCACACCCCAAGCUCAAGCUAGCAGCAGGAGAGCCCCUGCUGCAGCAGCACCAGCAGCACCAGAAACAGCAACAACAGCAGCAACAGCAGCAGCAGCAGCAGCAGCAGAAGCCGCAGCAGCAGCAGAUGUUUAUGUCCGGUAAGGACCUCGCAGAGCUCACCCGCUUUCUUGUCGCAGCGGCAAAUGCAAAUAUGUUUGGAGACGUCCAGGUCUUCAUGAAUCACUUCUCCACCAUUCGAAGCGCGAUGGCGAAGAACGAUUUGGUGUUGUUGUUUGCUCGCGAUGUAGAGCAUUUGACUCGGCGCGAGUUGCCGCUGCUGCCUGAAGAAGUUGCUGCUGCUGCUGCUGUACUGCGCAGCAAAACGUUGUCGCUGUGGGAGCAGCAGGUGGCUGCUGAGGUGUACAUACACCGCAACGAAGUCACCAAGCAGCAGGAACAACUCACCAGAGAGCUAGACGAUGUCAUAGACAAAACGCUACACAAAGCCAACAAAAUCGUUGCAGCUUUCUGCAAGGCAGCAGCAGAGACGCAGCGCAGCGUCUUGACGGAGGCGAAGGAGCAGCAGAUGAAGCGAUUGCCGCUGGCCCCCAAAGACCUAGCAGAAUUCUCCAACUAUCAACAACAGCAAAGCAGAGCGGCGUUGCUGCAGCGGUUGCAGCAGCAGGGCCGCGAUUACACUUCUGUUGCUGCAUGCAACCACGAGCUGCAGCAGCAUUUUGAAGAUGUUCAGGCCUUGUUUCUCGAGUUACACGCUGCCAAUAUCAGGAGCAUAACGGAUCGCAUGCAACUUGCAGCAGAGCGAGCAGCAGCUUCUUUGCGGCAGCAACUGCAGCAGCAACCGGUUGAUUUGCUGCGGCCUCUGCAUGAAUUCAAGGGUUUGCUGCUGGACUGGCAGCAAGGGGCAUGGACUUUAUUUGAAUCGGAGGUUUCGGGAUUGCGGGAUGUCGUCGAUUUGUAUUCCGCCAUCUCCACUGACCUGGCGGCAACUUUAGCCAAACUAGAGGCGCAGGCGCUCAAAACCUGGAAUUCUAAAUGCAAAGAAACAGCACAGGCAUGUAGAGGGUUUAGGGUUUGCGGCUUCGGGGUCAGGUUUUUGGGGGAGGUUGCGGAGCGUUGGGAGGUGUUGUUUCGGCAUGAAGUGCUGACAGCCCUGGACGGUGGAUUGCCGGUGGAGGAGGAGGUUUUGGGGUCGCAGGUAGAAGAAGCAAAAGCAAAAGCCAGAGAGGAAUUAUCGAGGGUUUACUGUUCUUCUUCAGACCCCUGGAAAGAAGUGUCCUCGACGAUGGAGCAACGGCUGUAUGAGAUGGGAGCGGCGCUCGAGGAGUCAAACCUCGAAGCAAUAAAAAGCAACUGCAGCAGGCCUCUAGACCAGCUGAAGACAGAGCUAGCCGAAGAGGCGGGGUCGUACUACAUGUGGCAGAGCUUUGCGGCUAUGGCUCGGCGUCGUGCUGAGGAUUUGCUUCUAUCCGAGGCAGCAGCAAUAAAAACAAAUGUUCGUUUAUCUCCAACUUUAGUUCAUCGUGUCUCAACACACUGGAUGCAAACAGAGUUGAAAAGUACAUAUGAACAACAAAUCAGAAACAACUUCUUCGGUCUCCUCUACAAUGUGGUGGGAGCUGCUUUGAUACUGCUUGGCUUUUAUCUGGCUUUGUCUUUCUCCUCCCUUUUCCUUCUUGUUUCUCUUGGGGGUCUGCUUCUUGCCGUUGGCCUCCAAACAACAAUUGCACUCAUUCGAGGGGGCUUCGAGCAUCUGGUAAGAUGA